AUGGCGACCAUUAUGAAUAAUGUAGAGAGACCGAGUGUUUUGUCAACUCACAAGGGUCGAGAUUCCGAGGUCGCUGCCGGAAUGUCGACGAUGGGGAUGGUGGUGGGCCAUUCGCACUUGGUGCAGUUCGUGCUGCGGCCCGGUGACGGCUCGAUAAUCCACGCGAGUAAAGGCGCGGUCAAGACGCUCGGCUACUCGCGCGACGAGCUGUUAUCGACGUCUCUUCUCCGCCUGGCCGCCCCUUUCCCGCUGAGCGACUGGCGCGCAGUCGUGCAGCGCCUAGAGACCGCGCAAAUCGACUCCGCCGCGCUCCCGCUCACCCUCACGUGCCCCGCCACUGCACCCGCCGCUUCCGCCUCGUCCGCCGCGGCUUCUGCUGCAGCGGCAGCCCUUUUAGGUGCGGGGGAAGGCGCAUUCGGCGGGGGGAGCGGAAGUGGCGGAGGGGGCGGAAGGGGCGGAGCAGCAUGGGGAGUCUCUGCAGAAAGGGGAAGCGUUUCGCAGCAGCAUCCGCAUUUCCCUGCUGUGUCUGCGCUUUCUGCGCAUAUAGACGAAGCAGAUGGAAUUUCAAGAGGCGAAUCUGGGAAAUUUCUCGUUCUGCCGUCCUAUCCGGGCACCCCUGGAGGCUCGUUCACACUUUCUGGGGGAACUUCCCCUUUUAGGGUUUCCAGCCCCACCCCGUCCACCUCCCCGUACGCUCUAGACCCCCUUGCGGCAAUGUCUGAGUCGGAAGGAGAGGAGGGGAAGGGCGUGAGGAGGUUCAGCAAGCAAAGGACUGCGUCUGGAUCCGAUAUGGGCCGGUUUGCGGGGGACGGUGAUGUGCUUAUAACGGGGUUUGAUGCAAGCGAAGGAGCAGGAGGGUUGGGGGAAGUGAGGAGUGGAGGAGCAAAGGCAGGUAGUAGCUUUGGUAGUGGCGGUGGUGAUGGUGGUGGAGGAGGAAGAAGUGGACCAAUUGGCUCGGAGAUUGAGGGGCGUUUCGAUGCAAUACCCUUAUCCCCGUUCUCCACCACCUCUUCAUGGGAACCUCCUCCUCUUCCUCUUCCUUCUUCUGUUACGCUCCCUUCGGCUGGCCCCAUUUCUGCUGCUCCUGUUACUGCUCCUUCUGCUGCUGCGGAUCCUCCCGACAGCUCUAGUCUGGUAACCACCACCCCCACCACUGUUACCACCGUCAGCAGUGGCACCGGCAGUAGCAGGGGCAUAGGGAGCAGCAACGGCAUAGGCAGCAGCCGCACCAGCUUUACCCGUGCUGACAGUGAGUCCCGCAGCAGCCGCCUUCCUGCCAACCUUACAAGUAGCAGCCUAGCUGGUAGCACCCUUACAGGUAACAGCCUUCCGGGUAAGAGCCACACUAGAAGCGGCUGGACGGGCAGCAGUCACACAGGCAGCAGCAGUGCCAGUAGCUUCACGGGGUUCAGGGGCGCUGGGGCGGGGAACCUUAUAGCGAGUGAGCAGCUGGGCGGGGAGACGGUUAAUAUGGAGCAGUUGGAGCUGCCUGUAGCGGGGAUGGCUGGGUUCUGGAGUGAGGAGGAGGGGAGGGCGACGGGGGAGCGUGCGAGAGGGAGUGGGUGGAGCAACAGAGAAGGCGACGCUAGUGGUGAUGUGAGUGGUGGUGGUAUCAGUGGCGGUGGUGGUGGAGGGAGUGGGGGGAAGGGCAAACAGCUGCAGAGUACACAGCAGAGUUCCGCCGGUCAGGGUUUGGCUGCCCAGGAUUCUGCUGUUCAGAAUCUGGCCACUCCGGAUUCAGCCGCCCAGGUCUCAGCCGCGCAGGUCUCAGCCGCCCAGGCUGGUGCUGCUGCCACUGCUGCUGGUUCUGCUGGUGCUGGUGCUGGUGCCGCUGCUGCUGGUGGUGGUGGUGGUGGUGAUGCUGGUGCUGCUGCUGCAGGGACAGCCCCUCCAUCCCCUCGCCGUGCUGCUGCUGCUGCUGCUGCUGCUGCUGCUGGUGGUGCUGCAUCAGGUUCUGGACCCAAAUUUGCUGGUAGAGCUAGUGGUGGGUCUGAGUCUGACAGUUCUUCCAGGGGCAGGAAGAGUGCUGGGUGGAAGCGAGGAGACGGGCCAUGGAGAGCAGACGGGGAGAGGAGGCGCAGGAGCGCGAGUGGUGUGGACGUGCAGAGGAGAGUGAACAAUGAGGGAGAGGAGAUGGGAGUGGAGCAGGGAGAGGGGGAGGGAGAGGUGGGAGAAGCGGGGGCGUUGAGAGGCCGCGCUGCUGGUGCUGUUGGUGGUGCUGGUGCUGCCAAUGGUGCUGGUGCUGCAGGUGCUAGUGGUAGCAGGGAUUGCGGCUGGGAUAGCAAUAGGGAAGACAACAGCAGGGGGGGCAGCAGGGGUGCGAGCAGCAGUAACCGGGAGGACAGUAGGGGGCAUAGUAUGAGCAGCAGGGGAGACAGCAGGGGGGUGAGCAUGAGCAGCAGGGGGGGAAGCUGUGAGAUGGUGCAUGUGCAUGCGAUGGUGGAUUUGCAGCUGUUUCACAUCGUAGGCUGCUCUGACCUCGUUGCUACAGUGCAUUUGCCCUCUCCCUACACCCGGCAACAACACCAGCAGCAACAGCAGCAGCAGCAUCAGCAGCAGCACCACCAGCAGCGGCAUGAGCAGCCACAACAGCACUCGCUCCCACUCUCUCCUACACUCGCUCUCACUUCCCCUCUGUCCUCAUCGCUCCCUCUCACUUCGCAUAUCCCUUCAUCAUCCCCCCAUGGCAUAUCCUCUUCUCAUUCACUCCCCCCAUCGUCCCCCAGACCUCCUUCUCAAGCCACGUCCCCCCUCCCUCUCCUUCUCACUCCCCAACGUUCCCACCACUCACCCUCCUCCUCUCCCUCUCCUCUCUCCUCCCCCUUCCCUCUCUCCUUACACUCUCCUCACUCCCCCUUACCGCCCACCACUCCCUCCCAUCUUUCCCCACAGCCCCCACCCCCCCAUCUCUCCGCAUCCCACCUCAUCACAAGAAAUUCGUUACAGUCACCUGCGACAAGCUCUCUAGCGUGGGAGAGUGCUUCCUCUUAUCAAGAUGUGCUUACAACGGAGGCUGUGGAGAGGGGCAGGCCUCUACUGGACCUGGCAGGCAUAGGGGCUGUGACUCUAACGGAGGAGGAGGGGAGGGUUACCCUGUGCAACCCGGCGGCCAAUAGGAUGCUUGCGGGGAGAUUCUCGGCCAAUGGGGCGGCUCUGGGGGGAGUGCCAGCAUGGCAGGUGGAAGGGCGGGUGCUGAGCGAUUUUGUUGAUGAAGCCUCGCGUGCUGCUUUCGUGGUGAGUGGAGUGGGGGAGGUGGAGUGUCGGGGGGUGGAGUUCCGGGAACGAGGCGGGUCCGACUACACGGCUGUGUGCACGGGCCUAGCGCAGCGCUCCCAGCAGGAAGUGCGGGUGAGAGCAGCAGAUGGGGCGAUCAGAUGGGUGCGGCUCACAUGCCACCGCAUCAAAUCGAGAGCGGAUAGUAAAGCACCGCAACGCAUUAGUUCAGAGGGCGGUGUGCCUCACCGUUACCACGCAACGCCUCACAGCUCUAUAAACCCGAAUAGUGACGGUGAGCCUUACCGCAUCAGAGCAGGCUCACCACCCGUCGUCGCGACGAGUUCGGAGGGUGAUUUGCCUCGCAUCGCCGCAAUUGCAGAAGUUGGUCCAUCACAUGGUAUCAGAGCAGCAGGCUCACUGUCACCACAGGUCGCACUGAGUUCGGAGGGUGAUGCGACUCACAGCACCGCAGCAGGCUUGCUGGUCACGAGUACAGAUGGUACAAGUGCGGAGGGUGGUGCCACUCCUCACACCGAGCCCACUCGCUGUUCCAUUGGUCAAGGGGCAAGUGAGGGGGAAGGAGGAGCUGUAGCAGCGAAGGAUGUAGCAGAAACGGCUGUAGCAGAAGCGGCUGUAGCAGAAGGGGCUGUAGGUGGGGAAGUUGCAGCUGAAAAUGCUAGAGUUGGGGAGGCUGCAGCUGGGGUUGCUGCAGCUGAGCUGGCGAACGAAGGGAAAGAGGAUGGCGGUUUGAAUGGAUACAGAGGAGAAGGGAGGGGUGUGGUUAUUGAGCGACCAGGCGAGGAGGAGGAGGAGGUGGAAAGGAGAGAGGACGGGAAGGAGGAGCGAGAGGAGGAGCGUAAGGCACAGGAAGAGGAGGACGGGAAGGAGGAGCGGAAAGAGGAAAGGAAAGAGGAGCGAGAGGGGGAGGGCGAGGAGGGGGGAGAUGAGGAGGAGAAGGUGAGGGAGGUGCAGGUGCUGUGUCUAUUGGAGGAUAUCAGCGACAGGAAGGCACUGGAGCAGAGCAUGUGGAAAUAUAAGAUGAUGGUGGAGAAUCUACCGGGGGGCGCCGUGCUGAUGACAAGAGCACUGGACGGUCGACAGGAGGUGCUCAUCAACUCCACCGCCGCCCACCUGCUGGGGUGCGCCCGCGGGGACAUUGACAGCGUUGAGAAGUGGUUUCAGGCGCUGUAUGGGCGGGAGAAUGCGGCGAAAGCGCAGAGGAAGUACGAGGGGAGAAGGAUGGGCGCUGCGCGGAACAGCGUUUUCAAUACUGUGCUGCCAAUUCGGCGCAAGGACGGGUCGAAGCUGCUGUUAGAUGCCACGUCAUACUCGCUGGGUUUCGGCGACAUGUGGCUUGUCAACGACAUCACAGAGAGCCGCAAGAACCAGUUCAAGUUCAAGAUGCUCUUUGAGCUCUCCUCCGACCCGAAACUACUCUUAACAAAGGACGGGCGCGUGUUUGACUGCAACCAGGCGGCAGUGAGAAUCCUCAAGUGCCCCACCAAGGAGUCUCUCCUCGGCCGCACGCCCUGGCGCCUCUCGCCUCUCCAGCAGCCCACCACCAAGCAGCCCGCCUCCGCUCUUAAAGCCAUUCUCGCCCACCUCGCCGCCUCCAACCAGCCCCCCAACCGAACCUCAGGCCCGGGAUCCUCAGGCUCGGGAAACUUCUAUCCGGGCCUCUCCGGUUCGUCGUCACUGUUUCCUGCCACCGCUGCCGCCACCGCUGCUGCUGCCUCCGGCUCGGCGGGUGGUUCGGCAGGAGUCUCGGCAGGAGGCUUGGCAGCAGCAGACGCAACCAGUGGCCUGGCGGGAGACUUGGUGGGAGGCACGGGGAACAGGUGGCGGCGGUUCGAGUGGGUUUUCCGGGACGAAGAGGGAGGAGAAGUGCUGGUCGAAGUCCUCUGCCGCAUGGUGGAGUUCUUCGGGGAAAACGUCUACCUCAUGGUGUGGCAUGAUAUAGCCGAGGUGAAGCGGAAGGAGGCGGACUUGCAGCGGGCGAAGCUCGAAGCAGAAAAAGCCAGCCUGGCGAAGACCCAGUUCCUGGCGAAUAUGAGCCACGAGAUUCGGACCCCGAUGAACGGUGUGAUCGGGGUCGCGGAGCUGCUACUGGAUACGCCCUUGUCGGAGGAGCAGCAGAUGCUGGUGAAUACGAUCCGGUCGUCGAGCCAGGGCUUGCUGCAUAUCCUGUCGGAUAUUUUGGACCUGAGCAAGAUUGAGAAUGAGAGGAUGGCACUGGAGUUUGCGGAGUUUGACGUGAGGGAGCAUCUUGCGCACUCUCUGGCGCUCUAUGAGGUGUCUGCCCGAGAUAAGAAGCUGCAGCUCAAGUCCCACGUGAGUCGGGACGUGCCCCUAAAGAUCCUAGCAGACGCAGUGAGGGUGAGGCAGGUUCUUCUCAACCUCGUUUCCAAUGCCAUCAAGUUCACCGCCCGCGGCCGCGUCACCGUGCGCAUCUCCACCGUCGAUCCCGCCGACACAGACGGCGGCGGCGGCGGGCGGCGGCGCGAGUCGUUUUCGUCUCUAGCGCCGCUGCUGCAGCUGGAGGAGAGGCGGGGGGAGCCUGUGGAUAAAGUCCUGCUCAAGUAUUCAGUCUCAGACACAGGAAUCGGAAUCUCCAAGGACGUGCAAGGGAGCUUGUUCCAGGCAUUCACACAGGCGGACAACACCACGUGUCGUAGGUUUGGCGGCACAGGGCUGGGGCUGGCGAUAUGCAAGGCUCUGGUGAACCUGAUGGGGGGCGAGAUCUCUGUGACCAGUGUGGAGGGACAUGGCUCCACCUUUGAGUUCACCGUCUGUGCGGGAGUGAGUGAGGACGUGGGCCAGUGUGGGUCAGGAAAAGGGGGUGAAGCAGCAGGAGGGGGACAGCAGGAGGGGGAGCAGGGGUUGGGGGAGCAGCAGGAGGGGGACAGCAGGAGGGGGAGCAGCAGGGGGGGGACAGCAGGAGGGGGAGCAGCAGGAGGGGGAGCAGAGGUGUGCUUUGCUGCGGGCAUGGACCACUUCCUCACCAAACCCAUCCGCCCCAAGGACCUGCAGCAGCUCCUGCUCUCCCUCGCCACUUCCCCGCCAAAGGCAUGA